ACUUUAUCUAAGGAGCAGGGCAAUCACGUUUCAGUUCUCCAAUCCAAACGCAACCAAGUGGUCUGUUGAUCCAUAAGUCUUGAGGUAAAGUCUCUUCAUAUUUCAAAACUUUUUUCGGACAUUCUUCAAUUUAUUUUUCUCAAUCAAAGCUCAUUAUUAUAUGGUAUCCUUUUAGCAGUAGAGAAAUCACGUAAAAUGUACAAUUUUUAUGGUCUUUAACAAUUGUCUCUGAUAUUGGACCGUAUAACAGCUUCUUUUCUUGCAUUUUAUUCUCCUUCGUGGUGUUGGUUAUCUUUGUGUAUGUAUUUCAUCGUGAACUUCACGCUUUUUAUAAGUGAAAGUUCGACUUUUUGUAAUUGCAUCAUGCAAGAAGAAGUUCAACAAAAGCCUUUUGUGUAAUAUGAACUAUGAGUUAAAAGAACGGUGAUACACUCGCCUUGCAGACGGUGUGCUCAACGGGACAACCGUGCUCCUACAUUUGUACUUAUUUUGUCAUUUAAUCUUUGUUGUUAAGUAACAAUUUCUUACUCCCGGUGAUGUUGUGGGUUUCCUGUUUGCUUUUCUUUCAGUUUCCAGUGUGUUCUAUCUCUAAGAUGAGUUUCAAACUCACAAGUGUUGUUUUGCUUCUGUCUUUGGCAUUUCUUUUGGCUCCUGCCAAACACUUGAAAAAACACAAAACCAAGAUACAAGGUAAAGUAUUAUAAAACCUCUGCUUUCAAUUUGACUUAUUUAAUUCUGUUAACUAGUUUUAAUCUGGCCUUAAACUAUUAGAAUUUUAAAAACGAAAGACGAGGAAAGGAUGCUAUAUCUCAAUUAUGCUCCUAUUUUCUCUGCUCUGACGAGGGGCUAACACUCGAAACGUCAGCUUUAGACGCUCUUUACGGUGGCCAAUUUACAUUGUCAAAUCACAUUAUAAAACCAUUUUAUUUUGCAAUACCCUCUACCAACGCAGCCCCAAAGUUUCUGUAGAAACGUACUCCCCUUAAUGUUGGUGACGUGUCAUACAUUGCACAUCAGUACGUCUAGAGAUUAAAGAGAAUAGUUUAGGCUUGUGCAAACUAUGACAUAUUUUUUUUAUUAUCGUUAAUAAGAACUUUAUUCAUUAUUUCCAUUUCUUGUAGAUACAGAAACUUUACCAAAGAGAUAUGACAAAGUCAAGUACAGAGGCGAGUGGAAAAACUGUGACAACUUCCAUACCAAAGAUGAUUUUGGAAACUGGUGCAACUGUCCCUUUGUUGCUUGCACGGGAUCACGGGAAUGCACCACAAUGGGCGGAUUCUUCUGCAGAUUUUUGCACGAUAAUGUGAAUGUAGAAGAUAUGGACAGAAGUGAU